AGCCGGUCCUCGCUCGAGCCCUCCCUGGCGACCGGGCCCGCGCACCGCUGCGCGCAGAGGUGUGAGCGCCCUCCCCGACUGGUCGGCUCGAGACAGGGCGGACGGCCAUGGCCCACCAAGGGCCGCGCGCCUGACUGGCCGCUGCAUGGCGGCGAGCGGCGCGGGCGGCGCGAUCACCGAGGUGCGCCUGUCCCCCGAGAAGGGCCGGUGCCUCUUUGUGGCGGAGGCGGUGGCCGCGGGGUCGGUCUGCCUGGCUGAGCGGCCGCUGGUCGCCUCGUCCCCUGCGGCGGCGGGGCAGCUCUGGGAUCACCUCUGCUCCGGGGGGAGCCGGCUCGGCACGCUGGCGUGCGACCCGCAGUGGUGCCUGGCGGCCCUGACGGCGGGGGGGGGAAGGGGCAGGGGGAGCGCACCCGGGCAGCUGUGGCGGACAAGUUCGUCCCCGAGGGGUGGUGCCUCCCAGAGGCUCGGCCCGGCGCUCGGGGCGCUGCACUUCAACGCGUUCCGUCUGCCCGAGAGGGGCGCGCUCGGCCUCUACGCCCCGUGCGAAGCGGAGACCCCGUCGCGGCGGGGAGCGUUCUGAGAGCUCGGUGCGGGCGCAGGUUGCGCUUGCCUCGGCGGGCCGGGGACUGCUCGCGCGGCCAGUGCUCCCCGCCGCGCGGGCGCGCCGCGGGAGCAGACGCGGCAGGGAGCGGAGGCGAGGCGGGCCGCGGUG